CCGGUAGCCCGUUCUGCAUUCCUUAAGAUUGCACUAGAACGAUCUUCAAUGGAAGGGGAAGCGGAAAGUUGUGGUGACCGGCCGCGCAAGGCGCUAAGAUUGUUCGGCUUUGAUGUCACACAGCGCGCCGAUGAAGAAGAGGAGGAAAGCAAAUCUGACGGGGUGAACGGCAGCGAUUCAGUCUCGGAGAUCCGAAAGUUCGAGUGCAAAUUCUGCUUGAGAGAGUUUGGGAAUUCGCAGGCCCUGGGCGGACACCAGAACGCGCACAAAAGAGAGCGUCAGAAUGCAAGGAGAGCGCAGAUUCAGGCCACCCGUAACGCUGGGACUCUCAGGACUCUCGCCACCACCCAUAACGCUGGGACUCUCAGGACUCUCGCCACCACCCAUAACGCUGGGACUCCCACGGCUCUCCCCACCUCCCCGCUGGGCAGCACCUUCUACAACGGACUGCUCAGCCAGCAUUCUGCCCGGUUGACCGCCGAUAACCUGAAUGCAUCCGGUAUUGCACCUCUGCAGAUCUCAGGCUACCAGCAGCUGCAACCGCGGCCGCCGAAAGGUUUACCGGGAUCGGCCGGUGAGCCGUUACGAUCCGCAACAUUUGGCCCGUCAUGGUUCUACGUUGGGCAGCCCGCCCAGUAUGUUUAUUCCUCGUCCACGGCCCUGCCCGCAGAGCAGAUUUCAAAAGGAGAGGGCGGAUUUUGUCAGCCGCCGGUUCAGCCUCUAGUACGAGGAUUUGAAGGGGGUUUCGAAUCACAGGCCAGAUUUCACCAGCCAGCAAAUCGAUCUCAUUGUAGAGCUGAUGAGAGUGGGUUAAAUCUCGACUUAGUUCUUGGUAGCACAGCACCCUAAGUGCAUUGGAUGGCAUUUUUGCAAAAUUUGAAGAUUGUUUUCAUAAGACAACUGGGUUUAUCCCAUUAACUGGAGAAUCCAGCCAGUUCUAGAAGAAGAAAGAUAAUCAUUUUGGUGAUAGAAAGACGGUCUAGUUUUCCACACUUUAAGCAAACUAAUAGAUUGGAUGGUCGAGAAAUCAAACAGGAUGUACAGAAUAAUUCAUGACUGUAACUUUUUGAUAUUUACAUAGGGAAAGCUAAAGACCCAAGAACUCAGAUGUUCUUUAUCCCUAUAAGUUGCUCUGCAAAACUCGAAUCCUUGGCGCAUGAUGAGCUUUAAAUGUAUUUCUAUCAUUGCCGUAAAAUCGCUCAAUUCUCCUGCUUUGAAUCAAAUUUUCAAUUGACAAUGCAGGGAAAUUAAGCGAUUCAUCAUGCCAUCAACGUGAAGUACUCGAUUGCCCGGGGCCUAUGGAACUCAAGGACAUUUUACAAUUGUCUGUCUGUAACUGUACAAAUUUAAAGUACUUAAUAACAUAUUUACCAUCUGUG